GUGCUUGGCCACGGCCGCUACUGCCACCUCUCGUCGACUCGAGAUUGAUUAAUUUAAAUUGUGAUAUUUGUGAGAACGAUAUGCGUGAGCUGGAAUUACUGCCUUUGUUCGUGAGCUUCUUGGUGUCGACGUAAUGCUCUCCUGCCUUCAGUGUUGUCUUAACUCUCACAAGCUCAGUGUCUUCCUCAGGUGAUUUGUUUAUAAAACACAAGUUGGAAAGUUUUCAAGUUUUUAUGCACCACCAAGGGACCAGAAUAGUAUACAAGGUGGAGGGGGGCGAGGAUGGGGGCAGAUCAGCAAUUUUGCCUCCGAUGGAACAAUUUUCACACUAAUAUUACCUCAGCAUUUGAGUCCUUGAGAGAUGAUGAGGACUUUGUUGAUAUCACACUUGCCUGUGAAGGCAGACAGAUAAAAGCACACAAAAUGGUCCUUAGUGCCUGUAGUCCUUACUUCAGAAGUUUGUUAAAAGGUAACCCAUGUCAGCACCCAAUAGUAUUUCUUAAAGAUGUGACAUUUGCCAAUUUGACUUCUAUAUUGGACUUCAUGUAUCAUGGAGAAGUCAAUGUAUCACACAAUGAGCUGGCAACCUUCCUAAAGACUGCUGAGGCACUCAAAGUUAGAGGACUUGCAGAAGAUGAAAAGAAAAAAGAUGCUGAGAAUUACAAUGAGUCCAGCUCGCCUCCCCCACCUAGAGACCCUCCUGACCCAGGGUCGCCUCGGCCUGAAGAGGGCAGUAGUGCUCCUGAUACACACCUCAGCGACUCACCCCCACCCAAGCGACAGAGACGGCGGUCGGGGGCCUCUUUACACUCUGCAGAAGACACAAAUGAAACGGUGCUAAGUGAAGCCAGGGACAGUAGUGUGAAAAAUGAGCCUCUGGACUUUAAUGAGGAAGAAGAUAUGUUAAGUCAGAGUGUGGAGCAAGAUCUAAUAAAGACAGAUAUAGAUGACAGUGAGGAACGAAGCUUUGGUCCUUCUGAAUCUGUAACAAUUAGUAGGAGCCAGGCAGCUAUGCAGCAAUUACAAGAAUCAUUUGGGUCGUUCCUGCCAGGUAUGGGCCAGAGUCCGGGCUUCCUCCCUCAAGGUGCUACUGACAUGCCAAGACCUCCACCCUACCCAUUGGAGGGAGUUCAAGGCCUUCCUCCUGGGAUCUCGGCUCUGCCGGGCCCUUCCAUGUCACAAGGUGCUGCUAGUCAAGAUGCCAGCCAAGGCGGAGGGCUCGGCCUGCAGGCGGCGGUAGGCAGUGGCCAGUAUAGUGUUGGGUCGUCAGUGUGUCGCCUGCCCACCAACCCACCACCCUCCGCCCACGCUGACUAUGGUGGGUCUCCCCUCGCCGCCCCUGGCCAGCCCCCUCCCCUGGUCAGCCUGGAGCCUGUGUCGCCACAAGUGAGCUACGGUAGCGACGUGUCUGCCGCCUCGACGCCCCUCACCAGCCUGGCCUACACUCCGCCUGGGUCCCGCACCCGCCCUCCCACAGGGGAGGAGGUGGUGUGUGGCGUGUGCGGCAAGGUGUUGUGCAACAAGUACGUACUCAAGACACACCUGCGGGACAUGCAUGGUCCCCGCCAAAGUCACCAAUGUCCCGUCUGUCACCGCAUGUACGCCUCGCUCAACUCUCUCCGGGCGCACAUGAGCGGCACCCACAAGAAGCCUCACCUCCAUCAACAGCAGCAAACACAGCCACAACCAACACAACCACAGUCAUCACAACCACAACAAUCACAACCACAAUCACAACCACAGCGGUACUAGGUGCCCCGACACUCCGUGUCAUAACAUCUCCCGCCAGCACUACCUGUCACAUUCAUCUUGCCAUGCACGUGCUGUUGAAGGUGUAUGGUGCACCUACACUUGGCACCCACCGUAAAUAUAUUGUUUGGUAGAGUCACGUGUGCACCUUCUAGCAGGACACAAAGUGUUUCAUGCUCACCAUAGUAACAAGCAAGGGUGUGCCUCGUCUCGCCAGAUACUCUUCAAAAACAUUAAUGUCAGUUCAUGAUUCAUAUCCCAAAUAUAAUGAGGGAAGUAUAGUAGUAGCUGAUCUAUAACAGUGCACAUAAUCUUCAUUAGUAACUAGCUGAGCAAAUCACAGAAGGGGUGGGGGCUCGAACUCAUGGCAGGUGAGCCCUAAAACUCACAGGCCGGUGCAAAUAACUACAGCAGAUUACAGUCAAAAACAUGUAAACAAAUGAAAGUUCCUUAAUUUGUACAUGUUCCUGUUGUAGCUUUUUAUACGUGAGCAGAGUAGAGCGUGACGCAGUACUGGUCACCUGCUGUUAGUGUGAAUGAGAGGGCAACAUGACCGAGAGAUCCGACAAGUACAUGAAUAAGACACCUGUGCAACACUUGAGUCUGUAUUAUGAUGACGUUUCACCAAAGCUUUAUCAAAUCAACAUAGAGAAUCAGUGGGAGACUUGAAGAGAUCAUUUGAUGUGGUUAGUUUCCUACCCUUGAUAAAUCUGAAACAGAUGCACGAGGUUAAAGUGUAGCACAUGUGCCUCAUUCAUGAGAGAGAGAGCAAAGUGCUCUACCACAAACUAUUUUACUGAUGAGUAGCCUCGUGCCGUCAAGAAACCGACUGUUACAGUCUUCAAGAUGCUUUUAAUGAAUUCAUGGGCAGGUCUACACACAAGACUCGCGUGAGGUGUGUCACUGACCACUAACAACAGGGCAGAAAACCUACCACGGCACCACCCACUUAGUGGAUUUGUGUGGGGCUGCUGGUGCAGGAUGGAUUUACCACAAUAUUACCACCACCACCAGGUGUGUAGUGUUGCCUCCAUAACACCACCAGGUGUGUGUGGUGUUGCCUCCAUAACACCACCAGGUGUGUGUGGUGUUGCCUACAUAGCACCACCAGGUGUGUAGUGUUGCCUCCAUAACACCAGGUGUGUAGUGUUGCCUCCAUAACACCACCAGGUGUGUGGUGUUGCCGUCUGGAUGAUUUACCACAACCACAACCAGAUGUGUGGUGUUGGUUCUUGGUUGACUUGCUAUACUACCACCACCCGAUGUGUAUGAUGGCAGUGCCAGAGUGAUACACCACACUACCACAAGGUGUGGUGCUAAUGGUGUGAAUAACGUGGUCACCAGUACCCUCCAGCCUUCAUCACACUACCACCAUCUGGUGUGGUGGUGGUGCUAGCACCGUGGUCAUCAGCGCCACCUGCCAGCCUUCAUCACACUACCACCAUCUGGUGUGGUGGUGGUACUAGCACCAUGGUCAGCAGCACCACCUGCCAGCCUUCAUCACACUAGCACCAUGGUCAUCAGCACCACCUACCAGCCUUCAUCACACUACCACCGUUUGGUGUGGUGGUGCUAGCACCAUGGUCAGCAGCACCACCUGCCAGCCUUCAUCACACUACCACUGGUGUGGUGGUGGUGCUAGCACCGUGGUCAUCAGCACCACCUGCCAGCCUUCAUCACACUACCACCAUCUGGUGUGGUGGUGGUGCUAGUACCAUGGUCAUCAGCACCACCUGCCAGCCUUCAUCACACUACCACUGUCUAGUGUGGUGGUGGUGGUAGCACCAUGGUCAUCAGCACCACCUGCCAGCCUUCAUCAUACUACCACCAUCUGGUGUGGUGAUGGUGCUAGUACCAUGGUCAUCAGCACCACUAGCCAGCCUUCAUCACACUACCACCACCAAGUGUGGUGGUGGUGCUAGUACCAUGGUCCCAAGCACCACCUGCCAGCCUUCAUCACACUACCACCACUUAGUGCGGUGGUGGUGCUAGCACUAUGGUCAUCAGCACCACCUGCCAGCUUUCAUCACACUACCAUCUGGUGUGGUGGUGGUGCUAGCACCAUGGUCAGCAGCACCACCUGCCAGCCUUCAUCACACUACCACCAUCUGGUGUGGUGGUGGUGCUAGAACCAUGGUCAUCAGCACCACCUGCCAGCCUUUGUCACACCAUCAUCUGGUUUGGUGGUGGUGCUAGCACCAUGGUCAUCAGCACCACCUGCCAGCCUUCAUCACACUACCACCAUCUGGUGUGGUUGUGGUGUUAGCACCAUGGUCAUCAGCACCACCUGCCAGCCUUCAUCACACUACCACCAUCUGGUGUGGUGGUGGUGCUAGCACCAUGGUCAUCAGCACCACCUGCCAGCCUUCAUCACACUACCAUCUGGUGUGGCGGUGGUGCUAGCACCAUGGUCAUCAGCACCACCUGCCAGCCUUCAUCACACUACCAUCUGGUGGUGGUGGUGCUAGCACCAUGGUCAUCAGCACCACCUGCCAGCCUUCAUCACAUUACCAUCUGGUGUGGUGGUGGUGCUAGCACCAUGGUCAUCAGCACCACCUGCCAGCCUUCAUCACACUACCAUCUGGUGUAGUGGUGGUGCUAGCACCAUGGUCAUCAGCACCACCUGGCAGCCUUCAUCACACUACCACCAUCUGUGUGGUGUGGUGCUAGCACCAUGGUCAUCAGCACCACCUGCCAGCCUUCAUCACACUACCACCAUCUGGUGUGGUAGUGGUGCUAGCACCAUGGUCAGCAGGACCACCUGCCAGCCUUCAUCACACUACCACCAUCUGGUGUGGUGGUGGUGCUACCACCAUGGUCAGCAGCACCACCUGCCAGUCUUCAUCACACUACCACUGUCUGGUGUGGUGGUGCUAGCACCAUGGUCAGCAGCACCACCUGCCAGCCUUCACACUACCACUGUCUGAUGUGGUGGUGGUUCUAGCACCAUGGUCAUCAGCGCCACCUGCCAGCCUUCAUCACACUACCACCAUCUGGUGUGGUGGUGGUGCUAGCACCAUGGUCAUCAGCACCACCUGCCAGCCUUCAUCACACUACCAUCUGGUGUGGUGGUGCUAGCACCAUGGUCAUCAGCACCACCUGCCAGCCUUCAUCAUACUACCAUCUGGUGUGGUGGUGGUGCUAGCACCAUGGUCAUCAGCACCACCUGCCAGCCUUCAUCACACUACCAUCUGGUGUGGUGGUGGUGCUAGCACCAUGGUCAUCAGCACCACCUGCCAGCCUUCAUCACACUACCACUGGUGUGGUGAUGGUGCUAGUACCAUGGUCAUCAGCACCACCUGCCAGCCUUCAUCACACUACCACUGUCUGGUGUGGUGGUGGUGCUAGCACCAUGGUCAUCAGCACCACCUGCCAGCCUUCAUCACACUACCACUGGUGUGGUGAUGGUGCUAGUACCAUGGUCAUCAGCACCACCUGCCAGCCUUCAUCACACUACCACUGUCUGGUGUGGUGGUGGUGCUAGCACCAUGGUCAUCAGCACCACCUGCCAGCCUUCAUCACACUACCACUGGUGUGGUGGUGGUGCUAGUACCAUGGUCAUCAGCACCACCUGCCAGCCUUCAUCACACUACCACUGUCUGGUGUGGUGGUGGUGCUAGCACCAUGGUCAGCAGCACCACCUGCCAGCCUUCAUCACACUACCACUGGUGUGGUGAUGGUGCUAGUA